AUGUCGACCUCCAUGUAUUCACCGAUGCCUUCGGACAUGCUUACUGUGCUGUUGCAUAUCUCGUCCAUCACAAUCACAACCAACCACACAAGGUCUCACUUCUGGGCAAAGUCAAGACUAGCCCCACUUCGUCAGUCAGUCACCAUCCCUCGUUUGGAAUUGUCAGCCAUUGCUGUUGGAGCCAAACUGCUCACAUUUAUCGCAGAACAACUCGACAUCCCAGUUCGCCGGAAAUAUCUUUGGUCCGACAGUACUGUUGCGUUGACAUGGAUCAAGACGAACAAGACCCUUCCCGUGCUUGUUCGAAACCGAGUCAAAGCAAUCCGCGAAUUGACCACCGACGUUAAUAUCCACUACGUCCCAACCAGUGAGAACCCGGCAGGCAUUGGUUGCCGCGGAGCGACAAUUGUCGAACUACAAGAUUUGAACCAAUGGUGGAAAGGACCAACCUUCUUGGCGCAGGACGAAACAACUUGGCCCCCACACUACGAGCAAAUCUUUCCGAUGGAAGACCCCGCAUCUCAAAAACACAAGGAUCACACCCAAACGACAGCAACAGCGACCACAGAACUUCCUCCUGAAGAAUUCCGCUGCUAG